UUACCUAUUUAUCAUGCAUGUAAACGUUUUAAUUGUGAGUUAUUAAUGGCUGUUGCAAUUCACUUCAGUUUAGAAUCGGUUUUUUAGCUAACAACAACAAGAUGAUAUUGUACUGCACUAUACUUCUAAACAUUUUUAGUGUCAUUAGAAGUGAGUAUAACUAUGAUCAACAAGGUGCUGACUGGACGGGAACAUGCCGCUAUGGCAGAAAUCAAUCGCCUAUAGAUUUAACACAGAAACAUGCCACCAUGAAACAUCUACCCCGCAUAGAAUUCGAAAAAUAUGAUUUAGCACUGAGAACACCAUUACUGUUGGUCAACAACGGUCACACAGCGCAUAUGGAACUCCCACCUGUCGGCCAUAUUAAAGGUGGAAUGUUGCGAGGGAAAUUCGUUCCUCAAAGUGUGCACUUUCAUUGGGGUUCCCUUAUUAGCAAGGGAUCCGAGCAUGCCAUCAAUAAUGAACGCUAUGAUGCCGAAAUUCACAUUAUUCAUAAGAACUCCCGAUAUUGGGACAAGAGUGUAGGCGAAGCCAGCCAACUUCCGAAUGGUAUUGCCGUUCUGGCAGUCAUGAUUAAAAGUGUGCUUCGCGAGGAAGAGUCUGAACUCAACAAGGUAUUUGAAGCAUUGCCACAAAUUAUCCCAUAUAAAUCCAAUACGACGAUUUAUGGACGGCUAACUAUGAAACAGUUGCUGGGCAAUAUUGAUACUGGAAAAUUUUACACAUAUAAGGGCUCAUUGACCACACCUGACUGCACAGAACUAGUCACCUGGACGGUGUUUAAAGAAGUCGUUUCCAUUCGACUAAGUCUGAUUGCGAAUUUUUGGAGCCUGACCAACUCACACGGACAACCCCUAAUAAAUAACUACCGUGAACUUCAGGAUAUUCACAGGCGAAAAGUUUAUUACAGAUCUUGUGAUGUGCUCAAAAAACUUUUAGAUUGGUGGUAAAAUGGUGCGAUAAGUUUUAUAAAUUAUACAACAAAAUUUAUAGACGCUCCAACUC